GAAGUUUUUCUCUUUCAUGUUGAACACAUAACAUCCUGUGGAACAAAAUGGCAAGGUUAUCGGAGCCGAGGUUUGCCUCCUCGGGAGGAAAGUUUGUUCCUAUAAAAUUCCGACUAGAUACAUUACCUCUUUCGGAUUCAGAAAAAUUGUUCAAAAAAGCUGGCAGCCAAUUUCCUGCAUUCUCUAUCGAGCCGCUUCCUUUUGAGCGUGACAGGGUGGGUGAACCAAUGUCACCGGAGGACCGGGCUCGGCGAAAGCAAUGGAUGAAAGAUCAAGAACUCCCAAAGGGUGAACCGAGGAUGGACAUCGUUGAAAAAAUUAGGCCCAAAAAUGCUAUAAGAAAAUUCUACCAGUAUCCCGGGGAUAUGCUUGAGGGAAUGCUCUCUAAGUCUAUGAGCCCAUAUCUUGCAAAGAAUCUGAGACUGUUAACUACCCGGGCGGUGCGAGCGUACGUUAUUGGGUUAGGGAUUGUGUACUGGGUAAAAUAUAAUGGCAAGACAUGGGAGAAAAAGAAAGGACCCAUUAUCUAUACUAGAUGCGCAGACACUUUCUGGAAGGACAUAAGGAACCAGGAAUCAAAAGAGUUUGCAGACUUUGGAUUUAAUGAGAGGAAAGUGUUAAGACAGUGAUUUAAAUUAUGACAUUAAAUCAUUUGAAAUGUUGUAUAUAUGGAUUCUCUGAAGAGUUUACAAAAAAUAAAAAUAUCUUAUACUUGU